AUGGCAAACGUGAAGUCUGGAAUUCUGGUAUUUCCUGGUCCUGUUGUAACACACAGGGCAUUUGUUCAAAGCGGCCCCCGUUUGAAUAGGGGAAUAUCAAAUCAAGAGUUUGUCAAUGCAAAGGAACAACUGAAGAUCGACUAUGGCCACACAAUGAAUGUCAGAGUUGCUAGAUCCUCGAAACAAACGCAUAUUUUUGUAAAGAAAAGACCCAAUCAAUUUGCAAAAUGGCCUAGCGAUGUUUUAUGCACAAGAUCGGAUUUCGAGAAUAACUACCAUCGACCAUGUCACAAGGCUAUAUCGGCAAGCAUUCGAAGGUUGCUUUGCAAUCAGAAUCUAUUAACCAAGGAACAAUUGAACAUGUAAGGUGUAAAACUAUAAAUUUGUGAAAAAUAACACAUGAACAUUGCUCAUUAGCAAAUAUAUCUUCUAUAUUCUAUAUGUUAUUAAUAGUAUAAUUAUUCAUUGUCACAGUAAUUAGUCUCAAAUUUUCAAUAUAUUAGUGUGCUCAUAUUAGUAUAAUUUAUAGUUCAAUGUUGUUAACAAUUUUUCAAUAUACUAAACAGUAACAACUGAAAGGCAAUUACUGUCUUUUAAAUUUAUUAUAUAUUGGUUUCUGUAAAAGCAAUGACAAUGUUAACAAACAAUUCUUAGCCAAGGCCAUGCAGUGCAAAUUGUUGCCCAAGGCCAAGCAUUAAAAUUUGAAAUGCUGUUUCUCUGUUUGAUCUAUGAGAAUUUGAUCUAUUAAUGCCAAACUAACUGUAUAUCUUGUUCUCAAAAUAACUAACUCACUAUGUAUCCACUAAAAUAUACAGCUACCUUAAAAACAUGAGAAUUUGAUCUAUUAAUGCUAAACUAACUGUAUGUCUUGUUCUCAAAAUAAUUAACUCACUGCAUAUCUGCAUAUCCACUAAAAUAUACAGCUACCUAUACAGCAUGAGAAUUUGAUCUAUUAAUGUUAAACUAACUUGUUCUCGAAAUAACUAACUCGCUGCGUAUCCACAUAUCCGCGUAUCCACUAAAAUAUAUAGCUACCUGUACAGCAUGAGAAUUUGAACUAUGAGAAUAUUAAUGCCAAACUAAUUGUAUGCCUCAUUCUCAAAUCAGAAUUUGAUCAAAUAUACAGCUACCUCUAUAUACACUGUAGCAUGAGAAAUAUUAAUACAUCGUAUCCAUGAUGUUUGAAAGGCAUAGCGUAAAAGGUUGUGGGGUAUUCUGAAAUCGCACUGAUAGAGAAUGCCAUUACUACAUGUAGCAAUUAAGACAAAUUAUUUUGACACUAGCUAUACAGUAUGCAAUCAAGUCUAGCUAUACAGUAUGCAAUCAAACUGUGUAUGUCAGUGUAGGUAAGAGCAAUUCAAACUGAGAGCGCUGUAGCUUUUGAUUCAGCUUCCUGAAAAUACAGGCCUUCACUCAAAAAAUUAAAGUUUUGUAUUCUUCAUGCUUUUCCAGGUAGGUUCAGUGCUCAUAAUGUCAACUGUAAUGGUAAAAUGUGUCCGAAAUUGUUUGCAUGUGCCAAUAAGUACAUAUGCAGAUAUUUUGCUGGCUCCAAUUCCUUGCAAUUUUAAUUGUACAAAAUUUUAAUAUUCUCUUUAUUUUGUCCAUUCAGACAACAACCAGAAGCAUGUAGGACCAUUAGAUGAACAACUGUCAAGGGAAAAUUUAGACAAAAUGAUACAAGUCAGUCAGAUGAUAGCGAUGAUGAUAAUGGUGAAGAUGGAGGCGAUGAAGAGCAUGUGCUGUGCCAAGGUAUUGUGUAAUAUGGUAUUGUGUAAUAAAUUAGUUUUAUCAGUAUGAAAACAUGCAAAGAACUAUAUCAGAUCUAAAUCAAACAAUGCUAUUAUUGUCUUAAUUGUGGCCAUUUUAAGUAUUCUAAUUUCUAUUAUUUUUUCAUAUCAGUCAUAUUACAGAUGAUAGCUGCAAGUUCCCAAGCUUUGUUGAAUUCCUUUCACAGUUGUUGUUGCUAUUUAAGAUCUGCAUGAUUUGUCAUGAAAGUCAGCCUCUUUUGGAAGUGGUGUAAGUUGGGACAGUGUUGACCAUAAAAGGCAAACAUCAACAUCCAUCUGUCUGGGACAAAAAUCGCUGCAGGAAAACGUUUUGUUAUCAUUUGGUAUCUCGAUGGCAGGAUCAUCAGCAAGCAAAGUAUUACACAUAAUUGCUAUUCUUAUUAUGUUUGUUAAUAAGAAUAGUAAUUAAUAUACAAUAAAUUGUGAUGUGGAAUUAAUCAAAACUAUCAAGACAAACAUAGAUGCUCAAUCUCAGAUGCAACUACGAUCAGUCUCGGAACACAACAUAGAGCUUCAACUACAAUCAAGCCAUAGAAGAUCGGCAUCAUUUGAAAAAUUGGGUGAAGUGGUCCACUGGUCAUUGUGGACUUCAUUCCAUUUGGCGAUUUACUAACAUAUCGACAAAAAAUGAAAGUCACAUUACAAGAGUUGAUGGGCUUCGCAAUUACCUCUGCACAAGGCAUGAAGUAUUUAUCAAUGAAUGGGCGGGUGUAAUUUGCAGAAUGCGACAUCUGUACUUUCGCUCAGCUGUGAUACGUGAAAGCUAUUCGAAAGUGUUUGGGUUAGAGUCACACAACAGUGCUGAUGACUUGGUGAAGCUGGCAAGGAAGGUAAUCAAUGAGUUGGACGAUUGUUACACCAAUAGCUUCUCUGAUCUGAACCAAAUGCUAUCCAAAUGCUUCGACUUCGCGAGACUAUUUGUUGGAUUAUGUGGAAAAAGGACUGAACACAGAAUCACAGUGGACAACAAUACCAAAGCAUUCUCCGAGCUUGGGGCAAAUGAGUUUUGUGAUGGUGUGUCACCUACGUCUCACAGAUGA